GCUCUUUCACAAAACUAACUUGUAUGUGUAUGUAUUCGUAGCUAAGCCGCGAUCGCGAACGAAUCUUGCAAAGUUCAGUCGCGUGAAGUACCGAGUGAUCAGUUAUCUUUGCGAAUACCUCUUUCCCGCGGUGAAUGACAGUGAAUAUCACUUUGGAACUACCAAUUAUUUUUCUUAUUGACCAGACGGAUCAAGGAUAUACCUGACAACCCAAAGUGAAAUGUACAAAAUAUGGUUCGUCUUAGCGGUAGUGGUGUUUUACUUAGGAAUUGAUGUUACUCCCCUAGAAAAUGGUCUCGCCAGAACUCCACCAAUGGGAUGGUUGGCUUGGGAGCGGUUCCGAUGCAAUACAGAUUGUAAAAAUGAUCCUGAAAACUGUAUUAGCGAGAAUCUCUUCAGAACAAUGGCCGACAUCCUCGUUAACGAGGGUUACGCCAGCGUUGGCUACGAAUACAUUAACGUCGAUGACUGCUGGUUGGAGAAAGAUAGGAGCGUCUAUGGGGAGUUGGUUCCCGACAGAGUGAGGUUCCCGAGAGGAAUGAAAUCUUUAGCUGAUUAUGUUCAUUCCAAAGGUCUUAAGUUCGGUAUCUACGAGGAUUACGGUAAUUACACUUGCGCUGGUUAUCCCGGUGUUUUAGGUAGUCUUCAAAGAGAUGCAGAAACAUUUGCGUCAUGGGAUGUAGACUACGUGAAACUAGAUGGAUGUUACGCCCAUCCAAGAGAUAUGGACAGGGGAUAUCCAGAAUUCGGUUUUCACCUAAAUAGAACUGGCCGGGCAAUGAUCUACUCAUGCAGUUGGCCAGUAUACCAAAUAUAUGCGGGUAUGUCUCCAAACUUCUCUGCAAUCAUUGAGCACUGCAACAUGUGGCGAAAUUUCGACGACAUACAAGACUCGUGGACUAGUGUUGAAAGCAUCAUCGACUACUACGGCAAUAACCAAGACGUCCUUAUUGCCAACGCUGGUCCAGGACACUGGAAUGAUCCCGAUAUGCUCAUCAUCGGUAAUUUCGGGCUUAGUUAUGAACAGAGCAAGACUCAGAUGGCCAUCUGGGCCAUCUUGGCAGCUCCGCUUCUAAUGUCAGUAGAUUUAAGGACUAUAAGGCCAGAGUACAAAGCCAUAUUACAAAAUAGGAAAAUUAUAGCAGUAGAUCAAGAUCCACUAGGGAUACAAGGAAGAAGAAUAUAUAAACACAAGGGAAUAGAAAUUUGGUCAAGACCAAUAACUCCACUAUACCAAAGUUAUUUCUCCUAUGCCAUAGCUUUUGUUAACAGAAGGACUGACGGUACGCCUUCAGAUGUAGCUGUAACUCUUAAAGAGUUGGGAUUGACGUCUCCUACCGGUUAUAGAGUAGAAGAUUUAUACGAAGACGUAGACUACGGUGUAUUGUCACCCCAAACCAAAAUAAAAGUGAAAGUCAAUCCAUCAGGUGUUGUGAUAUUAAGAGCUGAUGUUCAAGCAGACUUCAACCGAAGAAUACCAUUCUUUACGACUCAACGACCGUUCAGCAGUAGUCCUCUAAACCAAGUGUUCAGGGUACGCGAAAAUGGUUUUAAAUAGAUUUUGUUACACGUUCGUGCUUAAGUAAAUUAUUAAUUUAGUUAGGAAUGAUUGUAAUAUAUUUUUAAAAACAAAUUGUUAAAAUUA